GAUAAAGAACUUUAUUCUCCAAAAUCUAUUUAUAAUUGUUAUUGUGUGAUUGUUUGUUAUUUAAAAGACAGUUCAUUAAUGCAUCCACGUCCUAACUUGUUUGAUGAAACUUGUUAUAGUAAAUUAAUAAAAUCAUUAGAUGGUAAAAUCAAAAAGACUCAAGAUCUUAAUCUUCGAUUUGCUGAUAAAUCUGAUUCACUUUCAUUUAAAGAAGUUCGUCAUAUUUUAAAUCAUGAUGAAUUGCAUGAUAAUUCUCCUCAAGCUUUAACUAAAAGAGUUUACUUUUGGCUUUGCUUACUCUGUAGAUUUCAUGGCGGACGUAAAUGUGAAAUUCUACCUGAUCAAGAUAGCAAAUUUACUCUUGUCACAGAUAUUCUUUAUUACAUUAAUAAACAUUCUUCUGGUUUUAUUACACAAGAAUUUUUUUUACGAAUAGCUUGCAAAAAAG